AAAAAAAGGGUUUUUGUUUUUGAUUAUUCACGUCUCCUUCAUCCUCUUUCUUUUAUAGGGAGGACAAAGACAUAACUCUCUUCUUCUUAAAUCUCAGGAUUCUCGAAAACUCUCUGUAUAGAUCGAUUCUAAUUUCUCUCCUUUGUACAUUAUUUUAUAUCCUAAAACAAAAACAUUAAAUUGGUAAUUGGAAGCUCUGUCUGCGUGAUCUGUAAUUGAAGUUGGCCUCGGAUCGUGAUCAAGGAGCUGGUGACGUUGAUUUAGUGUUUAUGCAUAGCUGACUGAGAGAGAUGGUGUUCAAGAGGAAGUUAGAUUGCGUCUCUGUAGGAUUUGAUUACCCCAAUAUCCCCAAGGCUCCUCGUUCAAGCAGGAGGAAGAUCAUAAACAAAAGGACCGAUGCAAUGGACUUGCUCGCUUCUCUAGCUGGGAAGUUGCUAGAGGAAUGCGAGAGCUCCUCAGCGUCUUCCAACGCGUUUGAAGUGAAUAACCACGAGAGUUUCGGUAAGGAGAUCAAACAAGAAGACCAUUUGAAAUCUGAGUCCUCUGACCAAGGCAACUCUGUGUCAAGGCCUACUUAUGAGAAGACGUGUGUGGUGAACAGCUUUUCGUUUCCUGAUGACGGCAUCCUGGAGCGAACUCCUGUGUCUGAGACCAAGAACGUUAAAUCUGAAGGCGUCGCUGAGGAGACAGGUGAUGUUAUUGUGAAUACUGGGUUUGAACGAGAUGGAGGCUUGGGAGCUGAUGCUUGCAACUUAGAAGAUGCAACUGCGUUAGGUGUGCAGUUUCAGAAGUCAGUGUGCGUGGAUGGUGAUCUGAAAUCGCCAUCUCGCGUUAAUGGUUCUCUUGCUAGACAAGGGAACCAUACUAAGUUAGGUAGAGAUGAUGAUGAUGAUGAUGAUGAAAAAUUAUAUAGUUACCAUAAGUUUAGCAGUAAGUUUAAGUCGUAUAGGUCUCCUACGAUUCGAAGAAUAAGAAAGUCGCUUUCGUCUAAAUACUGGAAACAAAUGGCCAAGGAUCUUGGACACUACAGAGCUGAUGCUGGCGUAAAGGCUCUUUACCGCAAAAGGAAGUCAUGUUACGGAUACAACGCAUGGCAGCGUGAGACCAUUUACAAGAGGAGAAGAUCACCGGACAGAAGCUCGGUUGUAACUUCUGAAGGUGGACUCAGUAGUGGAAGUGUUUCCAAGUUACCUGAGAAGCGUGAUUCAGUGAAGCUAAGCAUCAAGUCCUUUAGGAUUCCAGAGCUUUUUAUUGAAGUUCCAGAAACUGCAACUGUAGGAUCACUAAAGAGGACGGUGAUGGAGGCUGUAAGUGUUUUACUCAGCGGUGGAAUACGUGUUGGGGUAUUAGUCCAUGGAAAAAAGAUCAGAGAUGACAAGAAAACUCUGUCACAGACUGGGAUCUCAUCUGAAGAGAAUCUAACCAACCUUGGGUUCACCUUGGAGCCUGGUCCCAGCAAAGCUCCCCUGCCUCUGUGUUCCCAAGAUCCUCUUGUGCCUAUCGACCCCACAAACCUGUCUGAACGGUCUGCGGCUUCUCCCACGUUAGAUACUGAAACUCCCCAUCCCGAUGACGUGGCUAAUCCAGGAAACAUCGUGGACAAUAACCACCUCGAGUUAGUUCUAUAUCAGAAGGAGAUAACUGUUGAUGAAGAAAAACCUUCAUCAGAUCCGAGAGCGCUUGUUCCACUUCCAUCCUUGGAAGCUGAGGCGCUUGCCAUAGUUCCUUUAAACCAGAAACCUAAGCGUACUGAGCUUGCUCAGCGCAGAACCAGGAGACCCUUCUCUGUGACAGAGGUAGAAGCUCUCGUACAAGCAGUUGAGGAACUGGGAACUGGAAGAUGGCGUGAUGUGAAGCUGCGUGCUUUCGAGGAUGCAGAUCAUCGAACCUACGUGGACUUGAAGGAUAAGUGGAAGACUCUGGUCCACACAGCAAGUAUAUCACCGCAGCAACGAAGAGGAGAGCCGGUUCCACAAGAGCUGCUGGACAGAGUCUUGAGGGCGUACGGGUAUUGGUCGCAGCAUCAAGGAAAACAUCAGGGGAGAGGAGCAGCAGCACACAAAGAUCUUGACAUGAACAUAGGUAGAGCUCUUGAAUCAGGUGUUUCAGUGUAAAAAUGGGAGGCAAGUAUUGGUGGGUGGUGGUUGUACAGAUGGAAAACAAGAAUAAAUCGUUAAACUCAGUUUCUUCUGCAAAGAUUAAUUUGUCUUUUUAAUUCUCGUCUUUUCUCGUAAGUACAUUUGUUGUUGUUUUUUUUUCUUUCUGCUUUGGCAUUUUGUAAAUGACUCAACUGGGAUGAGAUUCGUCCCUGACAAAGUUUAGCUUUUCUUUGUUUUAUUUCACAUUGAUUAUGUUGUGUAAUAUGGUCGGUCCAGACAAAAAGUGGUCUUGUAAUUACAUUCUCUUAUGAUUGUUUAUCCUUUCCCACAA